CCGAAAAAGAAAAAGAAAAAGAAAUUUGCUUCGACCUCUUCAUCAUAUUUAAAUCAAAGAAAACGAUUUUCUUUUUCUUACUACCUCCGAGUAUAAGAAGUUGGACAUGGCUAUUGGUAGAAUUAAAUUAAGGAAUAUUGUUAUUUGUUGAGAAGUAGAGAUACGUGGAGUAAUUAAAUGGUGGAGAGUUGUGAUUGGUUGGGAAUGUGAUGUUAUUAGAAAUGUUAUAUUUUGAGAUAAAUUCUAAGAGCUAGGAGCUAUUAUUAUUAUUAUAUUAUAUUUUGAAUGCUUUGGGACGAAGGAAGUAUGUUUCAAAUGGUAGUACCAUGCAUUUUGACGAGAGCGAGGAGGCCGACGAAAUAGCAAUGAUCACGGGCCGGACAUGUCGCGGACGCGGCGCGCACACGCCGACAAGCAGUUCGCUCUCCACCCAUUCCUUCCACGUUUCCCCCCUCGCCCCAAUCACGCGCGUUAACUCCCGCGCCGCGCCGCCGGCCACUGUGCUCGCCGCGGCACGCGCUCCCUCCCUAUAUAAGCAGGUCGCCGUGCGUUCCGUCGUUUGGCGUAGUGUGCAGGUGUAGCUAAGUUAGCAGUAGUAGUAGUAACUUGUAUGGCAAUGCCUAUGGCGGCGGCGGCGGCACGGGCUUACGGCGUUGCCACUCCUCCCGGCGGCUACGUCUCGUUUGCGUGUGCUGCCAUGGCGACGACGCGCACCGGCGCGAGGAGAGCGGCCGCCGCCGUCGUCGUCCUCAGCCACGCGUCGGGGGGUGGUGGUGGCCGUGGCCCCCGGGGCGGCGGCGAGCGGGAGGAGGAGCCCACCGACGCGUCGUCGUCGUGGUUGGUUGACGAGGACAUGGCCACGCUGCGGCGGCGCAUCCGCGAGGCGAGGGAGGCGGAGGAGGAGGAGGGCUAUGGCGGCGGUGGCGGCGGUGGGCUCCCGGCGGAGUGGACGGAGCUGGAGCGGCGGCACCACGGGAGCUACGUCGCCGGCGUCCGCGGCGCGGUCGGCCUCCUCCAGGCGCUCCUGGUGAGCGCGCGGCCGGGCCUCGGCGCCGGCCUCCUCGCGCUGCUGCUGCUCGGCGUCCCGGCCUCCGUGCUCCUCGUGUCCGCGCAGCUGCUCGCCGUCGCCUCCGCGGUGCUCUCCGGUACAUGAUCGCGUCGCGUGUGCGCUUUGCGCUUGCUUGCUUGCAAAAUAGUACAGUAUAGGGUCUAAUUCGUGAAAUUUACUGUCACAGUCCAAUCAGAAACUGCAUAUGCCACCUGAAGCUAGCGUAGCUUGUUAGAUUCGCUGUGGUGGAAUCCCGGGUUCAAAUUAUAGAUUUGUCACGGACGCUCGCAUCUAUGGUUAAUUAAAUCAGUAUGAUGGUAUGCCUAACGGAUACUCGCAUUUACAGCUAAUUAAGUCAAUCUUAAGGUACGCCAACCCAAUUUUUCGGAGAUGCUCAUAGGGAUAAAGGGGUAGGGUGCAAGUGUGUAUGCGCUGUGAGCAUCCGUAUUUGUAUUGUGUUUCUAAAAAAAGAAAUUGCAUAUGCCACUAUAAGUUUAUAACA